ACAGAGCGGGCGGACUAGCGGCUCCAUACCUGCCGCCAAAAUUCAAGUUAGGGACAAGAACGAGUUUCCCUGUGGUCGGUUGUAAACACUGGCCUGUAACCUAGUGCGCGACCUUUUAAGUUACCAGAUUGGUAUUUAGACACCACAAAUCUUGCCUCCGGAAUCUGCGGAGAGAGGACAGGACUAAAGAUGCACAUCAAGUCUAUUAUUAUUGAAGGAUUCAAAUCCUACGCGCAGAGGACGGAGAUCAACGGCUUUGACCCGCUGUUCAACGCCAUCACAGGACUGAACGGCAGCGGCAAGUCCAAUAUUUUGGACUCGAUAUGUUUCCUUUUGGGCAUUUCCAAUCUCACCCAUGUGCGAGCCUCCAACCUCCAGGACUUGGUUUAUAAAAAUGGACAAGGUGGUAUCACCAAGGCCACUGUGUCUAUUACCUUUGACAACUCCAACAAAAGUCAGAGUCCUCUGGGUUUUGAAACUCAUGAUGAGAUCACCGUCACCAGACAGGUGGUAAUUGGUGGCAGGAACAAGUACCUCAUCAAUGGAGUCAAUGCCAACAACACCAGGGUGCAAGACUUGUUUUGCUCUGUUGGCCUCAAUGUCAACAACCCACACUUUCUCAUUAUGCAGGGGAGGAUCACCAAAGUUCUAAACAUGAAGCCACCAGAGAUCCUUGCCAUGAUUGAGGAGGCAGCGGGAACCAGGAUGUAUGAAUGUAAAAAGAUUAGCGCUCAGAAAACCAUUGAGAAGAAGGAGGCCAAGCUGAAGGAGAUUCAGACAAUUUUGGAUGAGGAAAUUACUCCAACCAUGCAGAAAUUGCAAGAGGAACGGUCAUCAUACUUGGAGUACCAAAAGCUGAUGCGUGAGAUCCAGCACUUGUCACGGCUGUACGUGGCCUGGCUGUUUGUAUGUGCAGAGGAAACCAAGAUGAAGUCGGCAGAGAAUCUGAAGGUGAUGCAGGAUAACAUUACAAAGAUGCAAGCCAGCAUGGCCGAGAAUGAGAGCAAAGUCCAGGAGCUCUCAGCCCAGAUUCAGGAGCUGCAGAAGAAAAAAGACCAGGAGGUGAAUGGCGUAUUAAAAUCCCUCGAGGAGGCUCUAGCUGAUGUGCAGCGUGUGGACGCCAAAGCUCAGAGUGCGCUUGACCUGAAAAAACAGAAUCUCAAAGAUGAAACCAAGAAGAGGAAGGAGCUUGUCAAGAGUAUGGAGGAGGACAAGAAAAUGCUUGUGGUAAAAGAAAGGGAGGUUUCUAAGUUGACAGAGCAGCUUCAGGCUCUGCAGGAGGAGGGACAGAAAGAUAGCGCAGCCCUCGAGGCAGCUGAGCAGCAUUUUAGGGCUGUGUCAGCUGGUCUUUCUACCAAUGAGGAUGGAGAGGAGGCCACACUGGCUGGGCAGAUGAUGACAUGCAAGAAUGACAUGAGCAAGGCAGAUACUGAGGCCAAGCAGGCCCAGAUGACCCUGAAGCAUGCCCAGGCUGAGCUGAAGACCAAACAGGCAGAGGUGAAAAAGAUGGACAGUGGCUACAAGAAGGACCAGGACACCCUGCAGACUGUCAGAAGCAGCAGAGAAAAACUACAGUCUGAGCUAGCUAAACUCAACUAUGAAGAUGGAAAGGAGGAGAGUCUGCUGGACAAAAGAAGGCAGCUGUCUAGAGAGGUCGCUAAACUUAAAGAGACCUAUGAGCGGCUCGUGUCACGCUUCCCCAACUUGCGCUUCGACUACAAGGACCCAGAUCGAGGAUGGGACCGUAGCAAAGUGAAGGGGCUGCUAGCUAACCUGAUCACAGUCCGUGACGUCUCUUACGCAACAGCACUGGAGGUUGUUGCAGGAGGACGGCUCUAUAACAUCGUAGUUGACACAGAGGUGACCGGUAAAAAACUAUUGGAGAAGGGAGAGCUGCAGCGGAGGUACACCAUCAUUCCCCUGAACAAGAUCUCUGCCAAGACACUCAACGACAGAGUGGUCAACACUGCCAAGAGCCUGGUUGGACAGGACAACGUCCACACAGCUCUGUCCCUGGUGGGCUAUGAGUCUGACCUGCGUAAGGCCAUGGAGUACGUCUUUGGCUCCACACUGGUGUGUGACACCCUGGACAAUGCCAAAAAAGUGGCUUUUGAUAAGCAAGUGAUGACCAAGACCGUCACUCUUGGGGGGGACAUCUUCGACCCACAGGGAACUCUGAGCGGAGGUGCUCGCUCCCAGUCAGCAUCAGUUCUGUCCAGCCUACAGGAACUGAAGGAGGUUCGGGACAACUUGAAUGACAAGGAGGCCCAGCUUCAGGAUACUGAAAGACAACUGGCCGGCCUUAAGGGAACUGCAGAGAAGUACCGUCAGCUGAAGCAGCAGUAUGAGCUGAAGGUAGAGGAGGAACAGAUUCUGCAAGCCAAGCUGCAGCAGAGCUCCUUCCACCAGCAGCAGGAGGAGCUGGAGAGGCUGCGCAAGGCCAUCGAGGAGAGUGAGGAGACUUUGCGUGUCACCAAGGACGUGCAGAAACGGGCUGAAGAAAAGUACAAGGUGCUGGAGAACAAGAUGAAGAAUGCUGAAGCAGAGAGGGAGAAGGAGCUGAAAGCCGCUCAGCAGAAACUCAAUGCAGCCAAGUCCAAAGCUGAUGCCUUCAAUAAGAAGCUGAAGCAGAAGCAGCAGGAGUCUGAGGCUGUGGCCCUGGAGCUGGAGGAGCUGCGGAGGGAGCAAGCUGGUUAUGAGCAGCAGAUUCAGGCUGUAGAUGAAGCCAUGACGGCCAUCCAGGAGCAGAUAGACAGCAUGGCUUGUGCUGUAUCACAGAACAAGGAGGCAGUGCGUAAAGCCCAGGAGGAUCUUGCCAAACAGAAGGAAGUGAUCAUGGCUCAGGACAAAGAGCUCAAGGGGAAGAGCACAGAGGCCAAUAAAAUAAGAGAGCAGAACAACGAAGUCCAGCUGAAGAUCAAGGAACUGGAACACAACAUUAGUAAGCACCGCAAAGACAGCCAGGAAGCUGCAGACAAGGUGUCUCGGAUGCUGGAAGAACAUGACUGGAUCCACUCUGAGCGUCAGUUCUUCGGUCAGCCCAACACCUCUUAUGACUUUAAGACCAACAACCCCCGUGAGGCUGGUCAACGGCUGAAGAAGCUGGAGGAGACCACCACCAAGCUGGAGCGAAAUGUCAACAAGAGGGCCAUGAACAUGCUGAAUGAGGCAGAAGAAAGGUACAAUGACCUGAUGAAGAAGAAGAGGAUCGUGGAGAAUGACAAAGCAAAAAUCUUGCAGACCAUUGAGGAGCUGGACCAGAAGAAGAAUGAGGCUCUCAACUUGGCAUGGCAGAAGGUAAACAAGGACUUUGGCUCUAUUUUCUCCACCCUGCUGCCAGGAGCCACUGCUAAGCUGGCUCCUCCCCAGGGCUGUGGUGUCUUGGAGGGCCUUGAGUUCAAGGUGGCCUUGGGCAACACCUGGAAGGAGAACCUCACUGAGCUCAGUGGUGGGCAAAGAUCACUGGUGGCCUUGUCUCUCAUUCUGGCCAUGCUGCUGUUCAAACCUGCUCCCAUCUACAUCUUAGACGAGGUUGAUGCUGCCCUGGAUCUCUCGCACACACAGAACAUUGGGCAGAUGCUGCGCACACAUUUUAGACACUCCCAGUUUGUGGUGGUGUCCCUAAAGGACGGCAUGUUCACCAACGCAAACGUCCUGUUUAAGACAAAGUUUGUCGACGGCAUGUCCACAGUUACACGGACUGCGCUCAGCCAGAGUGAUGCCACCCUUCCCCACAAAGGCCAAGACAAGGCUCGUCAAAAAGACAAGAGGAACAAGCAGCUCAUCAGCUAAUCAUUGCACUGAAAUAGCUUAAGUCAUAUUCUAAAUUUGCUCUGGUAUGACUUCUUUAGAGACCAUGUCAUUUAACAUAACACAAUGUGGUAUCUGUUAAUAACUUCUGGUGGUCAGUUGUGUAUACUGCUAUUUCCUCUGUUGGUAGUCAUUGCUCUUCAUAAUCUAAAGAGUUCUGUUUAUAUGACAGUUGUUAUUGUCAAAGUGGCCAUUGCACCAGUCUGUUCAUGCUUUAUUUGUCUUGCAUGGGAUGUGUCCUCUUUGUGCAGCUGUAUAAAUGGGAGUUUCUUCACGUGUGUGACUUUUAAACCGUUUAACUGUAAAUUUCUACCUUGGUUAUCCUGUCUCUUUUCUGUUCUAUGUUCAUGCUCUUCUGCUACAAAUGUUUUAUAUGCAGCUAAUGUGUCCAUAUAUUUUAGUAAAUAAAGCAGGUCAAGUAUAAA